AUGGCGGCGAGGGGGCUCGCUGCGGACGCUCGCGGCGUCAUCAUCCUGCUGACGCUGGCGUCAUUGUUGGUCUGCGAGUGUUCGCUGCAUGAGGCUGGUGACGAGUCCAAGUGCCGCCACCGGACCUUUGCGGAAGGAAUCUCAGAGAUUUGGACGAAGCUGGACACGUAUUACAAGGGACUUCGAAUCUCUGCCUUCAUCUGCCUUGUUCUGAUUCUUUCGUCACCGGCUCCUGACGGAACAGAAAAUAAUUCCAAAGAUGGCAUUAAUGAAGUCCAUGGCGAAAAGGCGGAGUGUGCUUCCCAGACACCGUCCGGAAAUUGCCAUUCUGGCGUGGGCGACGGCCAAGAAAUUCCCGACAACCCGUCCACUCCAUGCAUCACUUCUGCUCCCUGCCCGCCCGUGCACCGAGGUGAGACCGUGGCCGCUGGGAGGGCAACAUCCGACGUGCCGUCCUCGGGGGGAAGGGAGGCCAUUGGCAGAACUUACUCCUUUUCCAAGGCUUUGGAGGGCGCCAAGGACAGCGUCGCAGAGGUCCUGUCCGCCGCCCUGCUCAACGCCGACGGCGCCGCCUCGACGAGCGACGUCGCCGCGCGGGCGGCUUGCCAAGUGUCGGAGAUUUACGUCGACUACCACGCCGGCGCCGGGGCGGCGAUCCCGGGGUCCGGCCAAGGUUGCCGCAAGUACGGCAGGGACGCCUGCGCGGAGAUCCUCUACAGUGGCCUGUCCGAGGCGAUGGCAGGAGUUUUUGCGCACGAAGUGACCAGCGACAAGGAAUCUCAGGCGCUGUUUCUGGCCAACGCGCUGGCCGGCGCGUUCGCCAAGGCGCGGCAGGAAGCAAUGGAUGGAAAUGAGUGCGUUGGGGAUGGCUACGUGGCUGCCGUUGCGGUCGCCAUCGCGGCCCCCUUGCAGGAGGGCUUUGCGCUGGCGCGUGGCGACGUGAAAUGA